GGGAGAGGAUCUAUCAAACUUGCCAUGGUAACGGGACUCUAUACAACUUUGAUGGGUGAGUAGUAAAAGUUUACUCUUGGCAACUUGGCACGAAAGCGAAUCGACCAGCUGAGCCGAACGGGGUUACCAUAGCUACGUUUUUUCACCUCGAGAAGUAGAGACUCUGGAGGAGACCAGACGAGCUUUUAUACCAAUUGCUAUUGGUAUACAAUCGUUUUACCUACGUUCUAAAUCUUUUAUCCAAAUAAAUGGCGACAGCGAUGAAAGAACGCACAAUUGCCGCGAUGGACACGCUAGUCAAGUAUGACAAUCCGGUUUUGAUUACGACUCAUCCGGAGAAGAUACGUAAGGAGUCGGCACUGGCAAAAGUCGGUAUAGCUGCUUGCAAGAUUCAAACAACCUCAGCCUCAGCUGAUACGCGACGUGAAACUAUUGAAAUUUUAAAUAGAAUUGUACCGCCAAAGGAGUGGGAAGAGGAUGGCCAGAUAUGGACUCAACGUGUGUCGAGUACUCCCGCAACGCGAUUAGACGUGAUAAAUUUACAAGAGCAACUUGAUAUGCGAUUGCAACAGAGACAGGCCAGAGAAACCGGCAUUUGUCCCGUUCGUAGGCAGCUCUAUGCCCAAUGUUUCGACGAAUUAAUACGGCAAGUAACUGUAAACUGUGCCGAACGUGGAUUACUUCUCUUGCGAGUAAGGGAUGAAAUCAAAAUGACAUUAGCCGCGUACCAGACGUUGUAUCAAAGUAGCAUCGCUUUUGGGAUGCGUAAAGCGCUCCAAGCCGAGCAAGGCAAGGAAAAUUUGAUUAGCACAGUUGACGAACUGAAAUUACAAAAGACUGAGUUGGAGAGAACGGUUGCGGAACUAAGGCUCAAGUAUGAUCAGUCUGAAAAAAGAUCGGCCGAAUUAAAAGAAGCGGAGGAAAAAAAACACUCGGAGGAAGUACAGUUUCUUAAAAAGACAAAUUUGCAAUUAAAGACUCAAUUGGAAGGUAUAAUUGCAUCGAAAAAGUAAGAAAUCAUGGAGAAACAAUUUUCAUUUAAAAUAGUUUAUGGUAGUUACAAUAUAUUAUCUGCAAGAAUUAUGUGUUUAUACUCGCACGCACUCCUACGCAGUUGCUGAUUAUUAACAAACUUGC